AUGAGUAACUGCCGGUUAGAUAUUUUACCCGUCGAACUCAUCGAUGAUUUAUUCAGUUAUUUUUCGGAUCAUGAAAUUUUUUAUACAUUUAUGAAUGUUAGCUCCUAUCUUGAUGCUGUAUUGAUUACCUACUCAAAUUACUAUCCAUUGACAUUAUUUAAUAUUGGACCACAUUUAUGGGAAAAUAUUAUACAAAAUAUGGUUGAACUCAAGAAUUUACGCUCAUUUUUCUAUACUCAACCAAACCGAGUCAAUUCGUGGAUUUCUGAUAUUACUGGAAAUGAUCUCGAUCAACUUGAUAGCCGUUUAUUUAAUAUUUAUGGUCCGAUAUUACCUCAGCUAUGUCGAUGGAAAUUAUCUCAUGAAGAUUUCUUGAAUUCAAUACAAUUUCCUCAACUUCAACAUUUAAUACUCGAGCGAUCUUCAAUCGAUAUAGUUAAACAUAUUAGUUCUGUAGCAACACAACUAAAAUCACUUGAAACUAAAUUUGCACUUAAUAAUUCGACUACAAAAUUUAUUUCUCCAUUGACUCAAUUGAAACGACUGGUUCUAAAAAUUGAAGGUUCAACUAUCUCAAUGAUUCAUCGAGAAGAAAUGAUGUCAAACUUGCCUCGUCUUAAACAUUUGAUAUUAAUUGCUAAUUGUAACCGUGAUGUAGUCAAUGUUUCAUUAGAAUCUCAAGAUCUUGAUUCAUUUCGUACGUCAUUUUGGCUUGAAGAAAAACAUUGGCUUGUAGCCUGUGGCCGCGAAAAUCUUUAUUCAGUAUCACACUUUUAUCAAAUGGAAGUUGAUGAAGAUUUCCAGUUUCCCAUAUGUUCAACGGUAUCCGAUAAUAUAAUUUUCUACGAAACUAUUAACAGACUAACUUUAUCGUCAAUAUCAAAUAAUACAAAUCAUUAUUUUCCUCAUGUUCAAACACUAGGUAUCGAUUACCCUCAGUGUAUAUCCACCUUUAAAAAUACUCUUGAUCUUUGUCGAGUAUAA